GCAGAAGCCAGGCUUGCAGCCAAACGGGCAGCUCGAGCAGAAGCAAGAGAUAUACGUAUGAGAGAGCUGGAACGACAGCAGAAAGAGUUUUCUCAGCAUUCAUUUGAUAGAAAAUGGGCUCAUAUCCAGAAAUGGAUGGAAGAUUCAGAGAGGGCCAGGUAUUCUCACCGGUCCAGUCGACAUUCAUAUUUGGGAGUGGAUGAUGCUUUAAGUCUUCCAAGUACUGGUAGUUUUAGGUAUGACAGUGCUAAGGAUAGAUCUGCAAGAUACUCGGCCCCUAGUCAUGCUUACAGUGAGCCUCAUAGCUCAAAGAAGAAAGCUGCUUCUUCUCAUAAAGAUUUAUUGAGUGGAAUUUACUAUGAUCAAAGAAAUUAUAGCAGCCUUAGAUAUAGUAAACCAGUUUCUUCCUACCAUCCUCGGUCUUCUUCUCUAUACAGUGAUCCAGUGGCAACAACUAGGAGUUACAGGGUGUCUCCUUCUGUAAACACUGGUUUGAUAAGAAGUAUCAGUUUGUCCUCUGACUUUUCUGCUCAAAGUGAAACUGCUGCUGACUAUUUCAGUCGUUCCACCCGCAGAGGGAGCAUUGUUUCUGAUGCAGAUGAUGUCCCAGGUUUGAGCAGUCUGGAAGAAAAGAGUGAAAAGUCACAUUCAGAAAUAUUUUCAAGGCCAUCGUCUCGCAACUCAGUGAGUGCAACUCCUCUGAGUGGCAACUCCUCCAGGAGGGGAAGUGGAGACACGAGCAGUUUGGUGGAUCCUGAUGCCUCCCUCAGUGAAUUACGGGAUAUCUAUGAUCUUAAGGACCAGAUACACGAUGUAGAAGGGAGAUACAUGCAGGGACUUAAAGAACUAAAGGAUUCGCUGGCUGAGGUUGAAGAGAAGUACAAGAAAGCAAUGGUUUCCAAUGCCCAGCUGGACAAUGAGAAGAACAACUUGGUUUACCAAGUGGAUACUCUAAAGGACAUCAUUGAGGAGAAGGAAGAACAGAUAGCUGAGUUCUACAGGGAGAAUGAAGAGAAGUCAAAGGAAUUGGAGAGACAGAAGCACACGUGCAGUGUUCUGCAGCAUAAGCUGGAUGAGCUUAAAGAGGGUCUUCGACAGCGAGAUGAAUUGAUAGAGGAGAACCAACGAAUGCAGCAGAAUAUAGACUCCAUAACCAAAGAGGUGUUUGAUCUCCAGGAGACAAUUAAUUGGAAAGAUAAAAAAAUAGGGGCCCUAGAAAGACAGAAAGAUUACUUUGACUGCAUUAAGAAUGAGCGAGAUGAGCUCAGAGAGGAGUUGGCUGACCUGAAGGAAACAAUGAAGAGAGGAGAGAAACACGGGUUAGUUAUCAUUCCAGAUGGCACACCCAAUGGUGACAUAAACCAUGAACUGGGGGUCGGUGCAAUAACAGUUGUGUCACAGGAAGCUGCUCAAGUCUUGGAAUCUGCAGGAGAAGGACCACUAGAUGUGCGGCUACGAAAACUGGCUGGAGAAAAGGAGGAAUUAUUGUCCCAGGUUAGAAAACUGAAGAUGCAGUUGGAAGAAGAACGACAGAAAUAUUCCAAAAGUGAUGGCAUGAACCCAGAUAUCAUGGGCUUGGAGAAUGGUUCUGACCUGCAGCUAAUUGAAAUGCAGAGAGAUGCCAACAGGCAAAUUAGUGAAUACAAAUUUAAGCUUUCAAAAGCUGAACAGGAUAUAACUACCUUGGAACAAAAUAUUGGACGACUUGAGGGGCAGGUUACAAGGUAUAAAAAUGCAGCAGAAAAUGCAGAAAAAGUAGAAGAUGAACUCAAAGCUGAAAAGAGGAAGCUUCAGCGAGAGCUAAGAACAGCACUGGACAAGAUAGAAGAGAUGGAGAUGACCAAUAGCCACUUAAUGAAGAGGCUGGAGAAGAUGAAGGCAAACAGGACUGCGCUUUUAUCUCAACAGUGAAGUGGAACCUGCAGAUACAAUGCACUGCUCCUUGAAUAACUAGCCCCUAGCUUGUUUUUAAAUACAGACUUCCAUUGGCACAAACUACUUGAACACGGAGCUGUUCCUUGGUGGUUUAGGUUCAUAAUGAGAUGGCAUACUUCUGGUUUUUGGGACUUAGGAGAGAAUGCAGACGUAGUCUGACUCCCCCUGUGGAUGCCAGGAAUCUUUCUGUAGCGUUUGAUUCUGGAGUCAGAGCUGGAGCACAACCCUGUAUGGUUGCCUUAGUGCUAGAAAAUGUUUUUACAACUGUGGAAUCAAGUUUACUCACGAUCUCUUUUGGCUGCUUUAAUGAUGCUUGAUGCUCGGAGGCAACUGCAUGAAUUGGAGAAGACACUGUAUUACUGUAUUAUAAACUAACCUAUAUAUUUGCUCAAGACAUCACACAGCACAAGUGCCUUUUACCUGGUGCAAUUUAGACUUCAUUGUUGAAAUAACCUUUGGAAUCAGAUACCGUUUUAUUUUAAGAUACGUUUGGCGUAGUCACUAAACUUUAUA